AUGGUUUCUACCAACAACUCCUCUGCCAACACCUCAAGAAGCUGCGACGAACCUACAGCAGAGCUGAACUCGAGGAUCACGACAGUCGACGAUUCACUUAUUCAGCUGGUUUACUACGGCCUCACAGCAACAAGGAGCUCAACAGCAGGCACCGACAUGCAACCGCCGUUGCCCGAGCUCAUGCUCUCCAACAAUUUUGAUUUCAGUGAUGACCUCCAAGAUGACCUGAGUUGCAUCCUCGGAGAUGCUCUCAGAAUUGUCCGAGAAGAUGCUGAUGAUUCUGAUUUGUUCUUUCCUACUACUACACGCACUGUUACCAAUGAUCUCUUCCUGAUGCAAAGACAUCAUGAUGCUGGAGCUCCUCCUCCAAGGCAGUAA